GGCAAGGAAGAGAGAGAGGUUGGGGGUUGCAACACCCCCAAGUAUCCGCAUCUGGUGCAAGGGGUGGGAGACGGAAGACCGGCUCUCCUCGCCGAAGGGGGAGACAACGCCCCUGUAAACACUUCCUAGUUUCCCGCCAUGUUUGCAUGUGAGACUUGGGGCCUCGGUGGCCAGACCUCCGUCUACAACUGGGAGAAGUCGGCCUACCUUUUGGAAGACAAAAUGGAGCCCGAGCAGGGAUCAGGAGAGCUGGAUCUCCAUUUUAAAGUGCUACUUGAUCAGGGGGUGUACCCGGAAAUCACAAUCGAGGAGGAGGAAGAAGAAGAGGAGGAGGAGGAGCCGGAAGCAGAGGCGGAAGUUGUGGUGGAAGCGGAAGGAGAGGAAGAGCAGGAGGAGGAAGAGGAAGAAGUAGAGGGAGAAGAAGAGGAGGAGGAGGAAGAAGAAGAGGAGGAGGAAGAAGAAGAUGAAGAAGGAGGUGAGGAGGAGGAAGAUGAGGAUGAGGAGAAUCCAACAAGGCCUGUACGAGAGGCUGUGGGAGCAGAGGAAGGAGAUGACUCCCUACUUGUGGUGUGCACUGGGACUGUGGAGGAACUUUUGGGCUUGGAGGUGCCACCAGCCGUUGAGCCGGAGGCCCUAGAAGAAGCCCCACAACCUCAGCGCUGGGAAGUCCAGUGGGAGGAGGUGUCUCAGGCCCCACGAGCUCCGCCUCCUGCAACUGUGCAGCCGCCGCCACCAACACAAGAUGCUUCCCCAGCGACUGAGGCAGCACCCAUAAACGUUGAGUCGGGGGCCUUCUCUACUACGGCGUUAGAGCCAGCGGAGAACCCUGCCUCCUCCCCGUGGACAGCUCCGUACGCAGAGGAGAGCCAGCAAGAAACCCAGCCCAGUACACCAGGCAAUGCGGACCGAGGGAGCAUCGGGAAGACGCGGACGUCCACCUCGGGAGUAGGCGGCUUCACCCUAGAGACGGCCCGCCGGCGCUUCCGGCAGUUCUGCUACCAAGAGAAGGAGGGGCCGCGGAAGGCUUGCGGUCAGCUCUGGGAGCUUUGCAACCACUGGCUGAAGCCAAAGAACCGCACCAAGGAGCAGAUUCUGGACGUCCUGAUCCUGGAGCAGUUCCUGGCGGUUCUACCUCCGGGGAUUCGGAGCCGCGUGUGGGAAUGCAGCCCGGACACUUGCGCACGGGCCGUGGCCCUGGCGGAGGAGUUCCUGUCGAAGCAGCAAGAGGCAGAGAGAGCAGACGAGGAGGAUUCAGACCUAUUUGAGGAGGUGGUUGUGAAUUUCCCCGAUGAUGACCAAGCCCUGUCAGAUGCCGAACAGGGAGAUGCAUGCAUGGAGGCCGAGCAGAGGGGCGAUGUGGAUAUCUGUUUGCUGGGUUCUUCUGACACCGAAGCAACGUGGGAUUCUUCAGCAGAGGAAGGAGGCUCAGGUGCCAGGACUCCCAGCAGAGCAGACGGCCAGUUCGAAUUUGGAGAAAGGCUCAACGGGAUGGUGCAACACUUGAACCCCAAGCGAAUCCGAGUGAGAGAGAAACGCCACCCCUGCAUCGAGUGCGGGAAGCGGUUCCGGUGCCAAUCUGAGCUGGCCUUGCACCAGAAAGUUCACAACAGGCCAAAGUCCUACCACUGUGCCGAGUGCGGGAAGCAGUUUGGCCGUUCCUCGCACCUCACCAGGCACCAGAAGACGCACAUGGGCGAGGAGUGCCAUGUUUGCACGGAGUGCGGCAAGAGGUUCCGGUGGUCGACGGAGCUCGCCAUCCACCAGAGGAUCCAUGCAGGCCAACAGCCGCACUACGCCAUGGAUUCCGAGGCGCUUUUCCAGUGGCCUCCGGAAUUCACCAUGCACCAGAGCCUUUUCACAGGCGACAAGACCCCUCCGGCUGCCGACUGCGCCAAGCCGCACACCGUCAAGAAGCCCCACCUCUGCCCCGAGUGCGGGAAAGGGUUCCGGUGGCCGUCAGAACUGGCCACGCACCAGAAAACCCACAACAAAAACAAACACUACCUCUGUGCCGAGUGCGGGAAAGGGUUCCAGUGGCCGUCAGAGCUGGCGGCGCACCAGAGAAUCCACACCGGCGACAACUCCCCGCUCGCCGCCGACUGCAGGAACGGCAACGGCCAGCUGCCCCCUCUUGGCGCCUACCUGGGAGGCCACGUGGCCGAGAAGCGCCACGCCUGCGGGGAGUGUGGCAAAGCGUUCCGGUGGCCGUCCGAACUUGCCACGCACCAGAGAAUCCACACAGGAGAGAAGCGCUAUUUCUGCACCGAGUGCGGCAAAGGGUUCAUCUGGCCGUCGGAGCUGGCCGCCCACCAGCGAACCCACACCGAGAAGGAGUCCUACCAGUGCAUGGAGUGCGGGAAAAUAUUCCACGACCUGUACGGGCUCACCAGGCACCAGAAGACCCACCUGGGGAGCAAGGUCUACCCCUGCGCCGAGUGCGGGAAAACGUUCACCCGGCAGUCUCACCUGACCCGCCACCGGAUCACGCACACCGGGGAGAGGCCCUACCCGUGCGUCGAGUGCGGGAAAAGGUUUGGCCGGCAGUCUCACUUGACGCGCCACCUGAGAAUCCACACCGGGGAGAGACCGUACCAGUGUGGGGAGUGUGGGGUGAGGUUCCGGCGAAGGCACAGCAUGAUCUACCACCAGAGGAUCCACUUGAGAGAGUCCAACGGGGGAGCGGACAUGCCAAACAUGCCUGACAUGGAGAACCUUGAUGACGACCUCCAGAGCCCCAUCCAUGUAACAAUCUGAAAUUUGGAUGCUAGGGGGGUAGGGGAGGAACCUUUGGAUGGGUGACUGGGACAGUGCUCACAGGAUCUGGCCGCCCGAGUCCUUUCCACGCAGAGCAGAACAGAGAAAGUUUGCCGCUCGGUGUGGCUGCCCCACCUGUUCAGAGACACAAGUGCCUCAGAGUUCCUUGUGGUGCGGCAGUGGACAGCUAGCCUUGUUGGAUCACGUUGCAAAGGAUUCUGGGACAGGGACGCCCACACACCCAUCUCUGAUCGAUCAUGUGCUACUUUCCUGUUGCCCAAAAUAUGGGGCAACUAUUUGGGAUACUUGUGCGGCCAGGUUCGGCCCCGCUGCUCUAACUCUAGAUUUUGCCCCCAUGUAGCAUUUGCAGGGAGCACUUAAAACCUGUGGGGAGGUUGGACGGGGGGGGGGAGUCUCCCUUGCUACCUGCAGCAGCUAGAACACUACUGUCCGUUUCCUGAAUCAUGUGACAGAAGCCUUCCUCCCCGCCUCUCCCAACUAAUUCUGUCCUGUUUGACUGCUUUGCCACACAGUGAGUUGAUUCAGUGGGUCCACACCAUGAGAGGGCCGUGAAGGGUGACUGCGCAUGCUGUGGAGCCAAAGGGCGGCUGGGUGUCUGCGUGGCACAAGGCGCCUUUGCUUUCCGAGCGUUUCAUGUGCAAAAGGGAGAGAAUUUGGGCAAGCUCUGCUUCUCUGGUUGCAGCACUUGCAACACUAGGGAAAACAGCACCUUCCCUGAUUCCCCCCAACACCUUUCCACACAGAGCCUGGUUCUGGAUGAAAUCUGGCAAAUUCCCAAUAAAUCCCCCUUUCCUUUCUCUUCUUCCCCUCUCUUGUGGAAAGAUUCUGACUAAUAAAUCUGAUUUUUAAAAGAGCCUGAAGCAGGAGUGAUCCUUCCUUGUCAUCAGUGGUACUUUCCCAGGGCUGGCCCAAGACACUUUGCUGCCCGAGGCAAGGUCGCCUCCUCCCAUGCCUGUUAGGCUGGAGGUUGCAUCUUGCUCCAGCACUGGCAACAGGACAGCAUCCUGCAUACCUGAGGGCGGCAAGUUAGCUUGGGCGUGUGGCACACAGCGCUGCCUGCACCCCACCCCUCUUUAUCUGCCACCUGAGGCAGUUGUGUCCCGCUGCCUAACAGCAGGGCUGGCUGUGUAACUUUCCCCUCCAGAGCACUUUUUGAUAGGCACUUCUAUUUCCUCCUUCCCUUCCUGGAAAUCAAGGGGGCAGGGUUUCCUUCUUAGGGGACGGGGGCUAUUUUACAGCCUUAUAUAAGUGGCUGUUUUCAAGAGGUUUCAGCAGAAAACCAGUCCAGCCACCCAGGAUUAAAUGCUGGAGAGGAAGACAAAGGUAUCUUGAUCCAUGUUAAAUAGGGCUUUUACUCCUCAGUAAGUGCAUUUAGGAUUGCAGCCUAAGAAAGCAGAUCUUUGGAGAUGAACAGGGAGGAAUUGGGGUGUGCCCAGCCCUGCUGCCUUUUGUGAGCAGGGAGGGGCAUUUUGAGCUUGAACUUUGCUCUGCCUCACAAAUAACCCCACAACGGUUGGAGUCUAGGAGAAGACCCAUGUCCCAUUCUAGGCUUCAGAUUCUCUCUUUGUUGACCCUUGGUGAAGGAAAGAGAAAAAUGUAUUCCUGCCCCAGCGCACCCCUCCCACCCACCCAC